AAAAAAACGAAAUUUAUUUUCUUUUCAAUUUUAAUUGCCAUAAUUUUCAAGGCAAUUUUUAAGAUCAUACUUUGAUCCUUGGAAAUAUAUAUUUUUUUUUACUUGGUGUGUCGGCGGCGCUCAAAAAAUAUUACAAUCUUUGUUUCUCUUUACCUUCUUUUCUGAUAAGACUGCGUCUUAUAUUUAUGUCCCAAACAAUUGGUUUCUUGCCAAACUUUAAUUUCCAACCUGCAUCUUCAUUCGUAUUUUAAACAACAAUAGGCUUUUUUUCAUUUAAUAGACUUGCAUUGCAAAGGACAAUUUAGGUAGUUGACCAAACGUUCUAUAUAGAUCUAUUUUUAGUAUGGUUUCAGUAAAUGAUAGAAAGCAAUUAAACAAAUACAAUGACCUUUCAAUGAAAAGUUCUAUAAUUUCUCAAAUACCUCCAAAUGAUAAUUUAGCGAAAAUCACGGCAAGUUUUGAAGAAAUUGUUCAACCACCACCAUAUGAUAAUAAGUUGCAGUCAUCAAAAUCAAAAAAAACACCGUCAUCAUCAACAUCAACAUCACCAACAAUUAUAUCAACACCUGAGUCAGAUCCGGCAACGAAAAUUACAAGGACAACUACAACCACUACGGUUACCACUGUCACCACAACGACCAUAUCUGCUAAAAAUUCACCGGGGCAGGGCCCACUUUACCUUGACUUUGGAGACUUUAGUAUAUCUCCAAUUGAGCCUGAUAAGCUCGGUAGUAGUGGUGAAGAUGGUAAAAACAAACAUUUAUCUUCAUCAUCCCAAAAAACACCAUUAGUAUCUCUUGACAAUAAUAUUAAUGUUAAUGAUCCUUCAUCUAUUACGAUCGUCUCAUCAAAAACUUCAACCGAUCCCGUGAAAAUUCAACAAGUUGAAGAACUUUCCCCUACUUCAACAACUUCUUCUUCUAAUACACUUUCAUCCGAAUCACGGCGUCCUUUUCCUCCUCCUAGACUAGGAUUAAAAGGUUAUCAAAAAUCUCAUCUUGAAAAUUCGGAACCUUUUAGUCCACGGAGGCAGCAUUAUCUUAAACGUAUUGAAUCAGCUCCUGUUAUGCCUAAUUUAUCCAGUGAUGUAUAUUAUAGCGAUAUGCUUCUAUCUACAAAGUCUAUGUAUAAUUUAAAUCAUUUGGAUCAAAAAAAUACUGUGCCACUGGAAAAUAAAUUGAGUACUGAGACACCGAAACAAUAUCUCGAAAGGAUGCAAUUUACUUUAUCAAAAUCAAAACUUCCUUCCAUGCUAGCAAAAAAAUCAGACUCUUUCCAUCAAGCUGUUCUUAAAGAAUAUAUGAAUGCUUUUGAUUUUGAAAAGGAUCCUAUUGAUAUUGCAUUACGAAAAUUCUUGAUGGAAUGCCACCUUCCAAAAGAAACGCAACAAAUUGAUCGUGUUAUGGAAGCUUUUGCUAAGAGAUAUCAUGAAUCUAAUCCUGACUUGUAUGCUUCUUCAGAUACCCCAUACGUUCUUGCAUUUUCUUUACUAAUGCUUCAUACUGAUGCAUUUAAUAAGAGCGUUAAACGUAAAAUGACAAAGGAAGAAUUUGUAAAGAAUACACGCAUUGAUGGUGUAUCUUCUGAAAUUUUAGAGAUCCUUUAUGAUAAUAUUACAUUCGCACAAUUCAUAUACGCUGAUGAUGACAUUGACGUGAAUGGUCAAACGAUACUUGAAUCGCCAGCAGAUCAUAAGCAAUUAAGGAUUUUUUCUUCUGCUAAAGAACGACGUAAAUCAAUGCGUAUAAAAAAUGAUCCUUACACAGUUAUUCAGACUAAAAUUCCAACCGAAUUUAAACCAGCUAUAAGACAUUUAAUUCCUAUAGAGAAUCCUUAUCUUUACAUGGGAACACUUCCGUCGUUGGAUACUGGAAAUUUGCAUCGGGCAUUUGCGAGUGCACCUUCGGUUAGGGUUACAGGUGUUCAAACUCGUCGUAAUGGUGAAACUUUAAACCCCACAAAUACUUCAAUUCAACCUUUAGAUGAAGAAGACGGUACUUUUGUCCUUAAAAUAACCAAAGGCGGUAAAUUGGGUAGAAAAGUGGACAUGGUUGAAGGUAAAAAGAAGAGUGGGUUUGUAAGAAGUUGGAGGCAAUACGGCGUGAUAUUAAGCGGGAGCCAACUAAUGUUCUUUAAAGAUGAAGUUUGGUUUAAUACUCAGAUGGCCGAGAUAUAUGAUUCAAAGAAGUCGAAAAAGCCUCCAAUUUUAAGACCUGAUGUUAUUCUCAUGACGGCAGAAUCAGUUGCUGUAUAUGAUAAGACUUAUACAAAGUACCCGCAUGUCUUCCGACUUGUGUGUCCUAAAGGUCAUCAGUAUCUUUUCCAAGCUGAAAGUGAAGAUGAAAUGAAUGAUUGGAUUACAAAAAUCAAUUAUGCUGCAACUUUCAAGACCAUUGGUUUGAAAAUAAGGAAUAUUAAUGUCCGAUCAAUAAAGGAAAAAAGGAAUCCGCAAAAUUUAUUAUUUAACAACAAACUUGGCGACCAUAAUUCAAAUGAGGCUAAUGGAAGAGCAAACGUUUUAAGGUCUAAACUUGAUGAACUCCAAAGUAAAAUAUCAGCAUUAACAUCACAGCUCCAAUUAGAUGUGCGUUUCAGGAAUAAUUUAUUCCUUAUGAUACCAUAUAAGAACACAACACGAGAUCGUAUUAUACAAGUUGCUCAUGUAGUAGCUCAAAAACUUAAGCACACCUGCCUUGAGCUUAGUCGGCUGGUUUGCUAUCAUGAGAUCUUAGAAAAAGAAUUAUGUGCCACUGUUAUGGACGAUGAUAAUUACUGGCAAAAUAGAAGAAGUAUGUACAGACUUGGUGAAAGCACUAUGGAAUUCGAGCCGUUUGGUAAAGAUAUAGUAGAAACAACUUUAAGAUUUACAGAGAAACCUGAGACAGAUAAUGACAAGAAAGAGAAACAUACUACCAUGACCUUAUUACCAAUGUCUUCAACGUCAUCAUUGUCCACAAUGCCAUGCUUAACCCCAAGUUCUUCGAUUACAGAUUCUACGCCUCCAAGAUCACCAGAUAAUGAAAGAACUUUCAGCAUCUCACAGACUGAAGUUGAGUUGGAAAUUAAACCUUCAGAUGAAGAUAACAGAAGUAUCUUUAGAGAUGAUUCAUCUAGCGUUAUUAGUCUCGAUUUUGAAGAUGCUCAAGAAAGUUUUGAAGAAUUUAAUAGUGAAACAAAUGAAAAAGAACACGAGAAAUUACAAACUAGUGUACCUACAGUAGUAAUUAAUCAUGAAUACGAUGAUGAUGAUGACGAUGAUGUAUUUGUAGAUGCUGAAGAUUGGUAAUAGAAUAGCGUAAUCUAAGCUAGGAAUUCUUGGGGGAAGGGAAAAGCAAAAGUAUUUAUUUAUAGUUAAACUUUUAAUGAAAAAAAUUUUAAUUAUUUAUUGUAAAUUGUAUUGAUAAUUUUUUUUAUAUAUACAUAUUUUUUUUUG